GGGCGGGCAGUGCCGGCGUCCGCGGCUGGAAUGGUGCUGGUGCUGGCGGCGGCGGUCGGUGCCUGCGUUCUGAAGCCCGAGAGGAGCCACAAUGGAGACGCCGCCGCUGCCUCCCGCUUGUCUGCUGAACCACUUUUACUGAAUUUUCUGUGCUCAUCUUUGACAGAGCUUGGACACCGUAGAGAUGCACAAAGCAGGGUCAUCAGAAGUCUCUCGAUUCAAAAGAUGAUAAUACUGAAAAACACUGCCCCGUGACAGUGAAUCCUUGGCAUAUGAAGAAAGCUUUUAAAGUCAUGAAUGAAUUAAGAAGUCAAAAUUUGCUGUGUGAUGUCACAAUUGUGGCUGAAGACAUGGAAAUCUCUGCUCACAGAGUGGUGCUGGCUGCCUGUAGUCCUUAUUUUCAUGCCAUGUUUACAGGUGAGAUGAGUGAGAGCCGAGCAAAGAGAGUUCGAAUAAAAGAAGUAGACGGCUGGACCCUGAGGAUGCUGAUCGAUUAUGUUUACACUGCAGAAAUUCAGGUUACGGAAGAAAAUGUACAGGUACUUCUCCCAGCGGCUGGUCUGUUACAGUUACAGGAUGUGAAGAAGACCUGCUGUGAAUUUUUGGAAUCUCAGCUUCACCCUGUCAACUGCUUAGGAAUUCGGGCUUUUGCUGAUAUGCACGCAUGCACAGACCUCCUGAACAAAGCCAACACCUAUGCAGAGCACCAUUUUGCAGAUGUUGUACUUAGUGAAGAAUUUCUCAAUCUCGGCAUUGAACAAGUGUGCAGCUUAAUCUCAAGUGACAAACUUACCAUUUCCUCAGAGGAGAAGGUAUUUGAAGCAGUAAUAGCUUGGGUAAACCAUGACAAGGAUGUAAGGCAAGAAUUUAUGGCUCGGCUGAUGGAACAUGUGCGGUUACCUUUGCUUCCUCGGGAAUAUUUAGUUCAGAGGGUUGAAGAGGAAGCGUUGGUCAAGAAUAGCAGUGCUUGCAAGGAUUACCUCAUUGAAGCUAUGAAGUAUCAUUUGCUGCCAACAGAGCAGCGUAUAUUAAUGAAGAGUGUCCGGACCCGACUGAGGACACCUAUGAACCUUCCCAAAUUGAUGGUGGUAGUUGGGGGCCAAGCACCAAAGGCUAUCCGAAGUGUGGAAUGCUAUGAUUUUAAAGAAGAGCGAUGGCACCAAGUAGCAGAAUUACCUUCCAGGAGAUGUAGGGCAGGGAUGGUCUACAUGGCUGGGCUCGUUUUUGCUGUUGGUGGCUUUAAUGGCUCCUUGAGAGUCCGCACUGUAGAUUCCUAUGACCCCGUGAAAGAUCAGUGGACCAGCGUUGCUAACAUGCGGGACCGUAGAAGCACUUUGGGGGCCGCUGUAUUGAAUGGGUUGUUAUAUGCCGUGGGAGGCUUUGAUGGCAGUACAGGUUUAUCAUCUGUGGAAGCAUAUAAUAUAAAGUCUAAUGAGUGGUUUCACGUGGCUCCAAUGAACACAAGGAGGAGCAGCGUGGGUGUUGGUGUUGUUGGAGGCUUGCUCUAUGCUGUAGGGGGUUAUGAUGGAGCUUCACGUCAAUGUCUUAGCACAGUAGAAUGCUAUAAUGCUACAACAAAUGAGUGGACCUAUAUAGCAGAGAUGAGCACCAGACGCAGCGGAGCCGGUGUUGGUGUGUUAAACAACUUACUGUAUGCUGUUGGGGGUCAUGAUGGUCCUUUAGUCCGAAAAAGUGUUGAAGUGUAUGAUCCCACCACCAAUACAUGGAGACAGGUUGCAGAUAUGAACAUGUGCAGAAGAAAUGCAGGAGUUUGUGCAGUUAAUGGUCUGUUAUAUGUAGUUGGCGGGGAUGAUGGUUCCUGUAACUUGGCAUCUGUAGAAUAUUAUAAUCCAACGACUGAUAAGUGGACAGUUGUGUCAUCUUGUAUGAGCACAGGGAGAAGUUACGCAGGGGUCACAGUUAUUGAUAAACCAUUAUGAGCCGGAAGGACCUUUUUGGCCUAUUUAUACACGAGAAGCAGGCUUCACCAAGUAUUUCUGAAGCUACUCAGAGUCUAGCACUUCUCCACUUGUGGCUGCUCUUUAAGUCUCAGCAGAAGAUCAGAUCGGCUGCCUUAAUAGGCCUCAGAUACUGAAGAUUAUUUUUGGUAGAAGCACUGCAUAGGCUUUUUCUGCAAUGAGCAGCAGCUGACUGAAUUUUAAUAAGAAACCGGGACUACAGUACUUAUUCUGUAGUCUUUAGACAACAGUUGCUUUCUUAAAGACUAGUUCUUACCAACCUCGAAUGACUAUGGAUUAUUUUGUGAAGGACGAUAAAGUAACGUGUUCUUGUAAAAUUAAAUUUUAUCUUUAUUCCUUCUCCUGAAAAUCUGUAUACACAGGAACUGAAAAUCUUUGAACAGGUAUUAAAAUCUGUGUAAGUAUACAAACUAGCUGAGGGAUAAAACUGUUUGCUUUUAUAAAAUAUCUUUGAUUACAUGAGUAUAAUAAAUUGUGUGCAUAUAAA